ACUAUUAAAAAAUGGGAAUCCAAAGACAAGAUGAAGAAAGCAGGCAGUGGCUGGACUUAGUGGAUAAAUUUUGCUAGGCACAGCUAAUACUUGGUUCCAAGAAGCUAUAUAUAUAUGGGGUCCUUCAUUAUAAGUUAUAACACAGCAUGUCAUGCAAAUUAAGGCACAAGUUACACAGCAAGAUGCUUAAACUUGCAGUUUUCCUGUGUGUGUUGUGCCUUUUGUGCAUUGCCUUCAACACUGAUGCUAAUAAUCAGGUUGACAACCUUCAUAGAUUAAUCAUGUCAAGAAGGUCACAGAACCCGCCUCUUUCCGUUUCUUGGGCAGGACUAGAUGCAGCAGAAGAGCAUUUACCUGUGUUUGUCGAACCCCAAGAUGGGUUGAUGGAAGCUGAUAGGAUCGAUAAGCUUCCGGGGCAACCACAAGGGGUGGAUUUUCAUCAGUUCUCAGGCUAUGUUACAGUGGAUCCUAAGGCUGGAAAAGCACUCUUCUAUUAUUUUGUUGAGUCCCCAAAGAACUCUUCCACUAAUCCUUUGCUCCUGUGGCUCAAUGGAGGGCCAGGAUGUUCCUCUUUUGGUUAUGGAGCCAUGACGGAAUUAGGACCCUUCAGAGUCAAUAGUGAUGGCAAAACACUUUUCAGAAACAAAUAUUCAUGGAACAAUGUGGCCAAUGUGAUCUUCCUGGAAUCUCCGGCUGGUGUGGGGUUUUCAUAUUCGAACACAACCUCUGAUUACCAGCGGACAGGAGAUAAGAGCACUGCCAAAGAUUCCUAUACUUUUCUCGUCAACUGGCUCGAAAGGUUCCCACAAUACAAAACUAGAGACUUCUUCAUAGCGGGGGAGAGCUAUGCUGGCCACUACGUGCCUCAACUCGCAUACACCAUUCUUCUCAACAACAAGAAUACAAAUAAAACCAUAAUUAACCUCAAAGGCAUAGCUAUAGGGAAUGCAUACAUGGAUUAUGCUAUGACUAAAAUGGGGAAAUUUGAUUACUUAUGGACACAUGCCAUGAACUCUGAUGAAACCAACAAAGGCAUCCAUUCUCACUGUGACUUUGAGAAUUUAAGUUCAUCUACCCAAUGUGAGAGCUUUGAAGACAAAUCUUAUUUGGAAAAGGGUUAUAUUGAUUUGUACAACAUUUAUGCACCACUUUGCUUCAAUGCUUCACUAAAAAAUGGAUCAACAACUGGUUCUAUUUACAAUUUCGAUCCCUGUUCGGACUACUACAUAGACUCAUAUUUGAAUAUCCCUGAAGUGCAAGCAGCUCUUCAUGCUAAUCGAACAGCCUGGAGCAUUUGUAGAUCUUUCAGCUGGACAGACGGACCAAAUAGCAUCCUACCCAUCAUCAAGGAUCUAAUGGCCAAAAGUAUAAGGAUAUGGAUUUACAGUGGGGAUAUGGAUGCUGUCGUUCCGAUUACUUCAUCCAGGUACUCCAUAAACAGCCUCAAACUCCCCAUUGUUUCUGCUUGGCGCUCAUGGUACACCAGCAAUGAGGUGGGCGGAUAUGUGGUGCAAUAUAAAGGAUUGACGUUAGCGACAGUGAAAGGAGCUGGACACUUGGUUCCAACCAACCAACCAGAGAGAGCAUUAACCAUGAUCUCAUCAUUCCUUCGAGGAUAUCUCCCUCCUUCCUCACCAUGACGCGGAACAUCAUAAAGCGGAUCGAACCCUCUGCGCGGCAGUGCACUGAGUGUCCAGGUCCUUUUCAUGUGGCAAAGGGUCCAUCGCACUCCUUUUACUUAAAUGGCGAGUAGCUGGGCACUAGGUGCACGACCACAGGGAAGGAUCGGUCCAUUUUACCUUUUCUCUAUAACACCCCACCCCUAGAUGCGUCCAAAAAUGCAGAGAGUACAUGUAAUACUGAUAAUUCAAUCAAAUAAGGUGAAGAACAAAGCCACUGCAAGAUUGUUAUUCUAUCCAUAAUAUGCAUGUACUAUUACAACACAGCAAUUAUGUUAGUUUUAUCAGUUAGUUUUCAUUCUGGUUUUUCUGUUUCUUAUGUUUACUUUCUUUUCUAUCUUCUUCCUUUGGUUAUAUAUACAGAGGUUGUUUCAAUCUGUAAUACGAUUAGAGAGAAAUAACAGAAAGCUAAUCUUCUUCA